ACAGAAAAGUGGACGUUUAACAGGGUGGCUCUGGAGCCUUGGCCUCAGGAUGGAACCUUGGGGGCACUGCGUAUAUACUGUGUGGUUCAGGGAAUGCUGCUUGACAUUGUCAAAGGAUAUAAAUGCACUUCUCUCCUGGCUGCUGGGAAGACAGCUGAGGGAGUCCGUAUGUGGCAUCAGAAGUGCCGGCGGCAUGGACGAGGCCUGCGACGUGCGGGGCGGGGCGGUGGACAGCCCGCUGGGGAGGAUCGAGAUCGCGGCGUGUGAGCGGGGUCUGCACGAGGUCCGGCUGCGCGGCCGGAAGACGCCGGACGCCGGGCCUGCGGAGGCCCCCGCGCUUCCUGAGCUGCUUGGCCGUCCGGAGGAAAUGACGGAGCCCCUGGUGCAGUGCACGGCCUGGCUGGACGCCUAUUUCCAUGAGCCCGCGGCCCUCCCACGCCUCCCCUUGCCUGCGAUUCACCAUCCCAUUCUCCAGCGAGAUUCCUUCACCGCACAGGUGUUGCGGAAGCUGCAGGAGGCCGUGAAGUUCGGAGACACCGUUUCGUACCAGCAGCUAGCAGCCCUGGCAGGCAACCCCAAAGCUGCGCGGGCAGUGGGCGGAGCCAUGAGGAGCAACCCUCAUUUGAUUGAGAGUCGGUGUUUAGGAAGCUGAAGCCCACAUCAACUUUACCUGUUAAUCAGUUUGAAAGACGCCGAGAUUUAAACGGAGCUCUGUCAUGCAGCCCGUCGGUCCUUCUGUCUGUCUGGAGGGAAGAGGGUGGCAGUUGAAAGCCGGACCCAGAGCCUGGAGAAAGUGCAGGUCCUGACGCGUCUCUGAGCGGCGGAGGCAGCAGGGCUCGGACCCGGUGGCUCCAGCUGCCGACAGAUGAGCGCGUCUGGCCUCCAUCAGCCGGACGGCGGCUCCAGAGCAUGUGUGCUGGGCCGCCGGGGGAGUGAGGCCUGGGGCAAGGGCCUGGACAGUGAGGCACGGCUGGACACAGAGCCCAGCCCGGCGGCGCCCGGACUGAUGAAAGGACAUCGUUAACAAGGCUUUAAAGUUUUCUCCAUGUUUUUUCAUUGAGAAAAGCCGCAAGACGGAAAUUCUGCACAGACGCUAGUUAGGAUGGUAAACACGGCCCCGGUAUUGCAGGGCACCUUCGCGAGGCCCCGCGCUCAACACUGUGGUUUGAGUCGCCUUCCCGGCUUACUGGCAAGGGGAGCUCAUGGUGGGGGGCAGUGCUCGAGCAGAGCAGGUGGCCCCGCGUCCGACGACCGAGCCGGUGCUGCAGGUGGUCGUAGCGUGGACGCUGGCGCGCAGGAAGGGGAGAUGCACUGCUCCUGCGGCUGCCCUUACCUGCUGGCUGUCAGGUCCCCGCCGACCGGCUUCUCAUCCAGUGCCAGGUUCCCGGGACAGGGGCUGCGAGGGGCAGAGCAGGGGACCCGCGGCCUGUGUCCCGUCUCGUUCCUUGCCCCUCAUCGGCUGAGGCACCCCCAGCAGGCCCACACCCGAGGCUUCUCUUAUGUCUUCCUAUUACACGUCACUUGUGUUUGGUUCCCAAACACCAGCAACAUGUUUGCUUCCAGAUUGCUUUGUUGACUUAAAUUAAGAAAAACCCAG